CCGAGAUCACAUGACACUUAAUAUUGGGCCUUAUAAAGGAAUCUCGAUCCUGAGAUGGAGUUACUCGCCCUGUUGCCGCGUAAGCAAUAAGAGCGAUGAGGAAUCCCCGGGUGCGGAAGGUCCUGGAAGACCAGCAGUGCUUCGAGGUGAUCAAGAAGAAGCUGCGCCAGGAGUCGAUGGAGGACUUCUCGGUGAUCGCGUUCGAGGUCGUCCCCAUAGACGAGGUGAACGGGUUCAUGGGUCAGUACUUUACGUUAAGAGCCACGGUGGCGUGUCCAGGUGCCCCCCUGGACACGCAGGUGAUGAGGUUCUUCACGAAAAUCCCACCUCCUAGCAGCAGCCCGCAGAGGGAGUUCCUCUUAGAGUACGGCACCUUCAAGAAGGAGGUAGCUCUGUACACGACGGUGUUCCCCGAGGUCCUUAACUACGACCUGGAAGAGAAGUGCUUCCCGGAGUGCUUCCUAGGCCUCGAGGACGACGUCAUAGUCCUGGAGGACAUGGCCCAUCGCGGGUACCAGAUGACCGACAAGUUCGUGCCUUUCGACCUGGACCAUUGCCGGGUGAUGAUGAAGACCCUGGCCAAGUUCCACUCCAAGUCCCUCAUCUUCGAGGAGCAGGGCAAGAGGAGCAUCAUCGAGGCCUUCUCCGACUGCGUCCAGGAGACCCUUUGGCCCUUGAAGGACGGAAGAGCCAAAUCGGCGUUCGACGCCGCCGUCAAGGGCGUCGUCUCCAUGAUAGACCUCCUCCUGGAUCUGCACCACGACGACAGGACGGUAUUCAAGGAGAAGCUCAAGGACCUCGCCAGCGAUCAUGCGAAGAAGCUCUCGCCCUCGUCCAAGUACAAGAACGUCCUUUGUCAUGGGGAUCUAUGGGCGAACAAUAUCUUGUUCAAGUACGACGAUCACGGGAAACCCAUAGAAUGCUGCCUUAUCGACUUCCAGCUCGCCAGGUACAACCCCUCUGCCCACGACAUCAUGUGUUUCCUGCAAUUCACCACGACGAGGAAGUUAAGGGAGGAGCACUCCGAGGCCCUCUUCAAGGAGUACCACGAAGCGAUGGGGUCGGCGUUAAGGGAGGCCAACCUGGACAUUUCGACGAUCUUCCCUUGGGAGGAGUUUGCCGAGUCAGUCCAGGAAUUGCGGACGAUGUGCAUGACCCAUGGGGUGUUGAACAUCCCCAUAAUGCUUCUGGAGCCCGGGGCGGCCAGCAAGUACUUCAUGGAAGAGACCCAGCUCCUGGAAAGCGUCCUCUACGAGGACAGGACCCCCUUGAUCUGCGGACAGUUCCACGAGGUACCUCGAUACCGAGCCAGGAUGCAGGAUGCGCUUCUAGAGCUGCGCGAAAGGGUUGCGCGAUGAACAUAUCCGGCAUCUCUUAGAAGGAAGGUGUCUCAGGUCGACCUCUCCGAUUUCAUGUCUUAUGCGCUGCUAUAAGUAAUGGCCGUAAAAGUAAAGAAAUUAGGGGGAUACUCGAGUCAGGCGCCUGCGUUAAUUAUGAAAAAGCAAUAAACAUGGAAACAUUC